AUGGAGGAAAGUGGCGAUUUCGACAACUACUACGGGGUAGACAACCAGUCUGAGUGUGAGUACGCGGACUGGAAGUCCUCGGGGGCCCUCAUCCCUGCCAUCUACAUGCUGGUCUUCCUGCUGGGCACCACGGGCAACGGCCUGGUGCUCUGGACAGUGUUUCGGAGCAGCCGCGAGAAGAGGCGCUCGGCUGAUAUCUUCAUCGCCAGCCUGGCGGUGGCCGACCUGACUUUCGUGGUGACCCUGCCGCUGUGGGCCACCUACACGUACCGGGACUACGACUGGCCCUUCGGUGCCUUCGCCUGCAAGCUCAGCAGCUAUCUCAUCUUCGUCAACAUGUAUGCCAGCGUCUUCUGUCUCACCGGCCUCAGCUUCGACCGCUACCUGGCCAUCGUGAGGCCCAUGGCCAACGCUCGGCUGAGGCUGCGGGUGAGCGGGGCCGCGGCCACGGCCGUCCUGUGGGUGCUGGCCGCCCUCCUGGCCGUGCCGGUCAUGGUGUUCCGCUCCACCGGCGCCAUCCUCCACGUGGAGAACAGCACCAGGGUGCAGUGCUACAUGGACUACUCCAUGGUGGCGAGCCCGAGCUCUGAGUGGGCCUGGGAGGUGGGCCUGGGCGUCUCGUCCACCGCCGUGGGCUUCGUGGUGCCCUUCACUGUCAUGCUGACCUGCUAUUUCUUCAUCGCCCAGACCAUCGCCGGCCACUUCCGCAAGGAGCGCAUCGAGGGCCUGCGGAAGCGUCGCCGCCUUCUGAGCAUCAUCGUGGUGCUGGUGGUGACCUUCGCCCUGUGCUGGACGCCCUACCACCUGGUGAAGACGCUCUACAUGCUGGGCAGCCUGCUGCACUGGCCCUGUGACUUCGACAUCUUCCUCCUGAACGUUUUCCCCUACUGCACCUGCAUCAGCUACGUCAACAGCUGCCUCAACCCUUUCCUCUACGCCUUUUUCGACCUGCGCUUCCGCCAGGCCUGCACCUCUGUGCUCUGCUGGGGACAGAGCAGGUGCGGGGGAGCCUCCCACAGCAGCAGCGGGGAGAAGUCGGCCAGCUACUCCUCGGGGCACAGCCAGGGGCCCGGCCCCGGCAGCGGGAAGGGCGGAGAGCCGACGCACGAGAAAUCCAUCCCCUACAGCCAAGAGACCCUCGUGGUUGACUAG